AUGAAGAUGGGAUCUCGCAUCUCCUGGCGGUGGUACGCCGCCAUCGGAGCCCUCGCAGGCUGUAUUGCAAAUGCCAAUGCCAGCCCAGCCGUCAACGUGGCGCUCCAGGCCUCCUUCGACUCGGCCCCAUACCUAGUCGAGCUCUUGGAAUCUGCUGCAGAUGAAAACUCUACUGCAUACUUUCCGUUGCUAGACCGCAUCGCCGACGGCACCUUCGAAGACCUCACAACAGAGGAAGAGCUCUACAACCGAUUCUUGACCGUGGUCCAAGAAGGCGGACAUCUCCGCACCCCGGAGAGUCUAUCAUCGUUUAAGCUAUCGCUUUCUGUUCGCUCGUCCGCCCCUCGCAUUGAGGCCCACUACCAAUUCUACAAUACCUCUGUCCAGCAAUCCCUAGGCGCAGCCCAGGAUGCCGUAUGUCCCGUCUGGGUUCAUCUGGAGGGGAAGCAAUACUGCUCUUCUGCGCUGGAACGCGCACAGCAGGAUGUGCUUGAUGCGCAGGAUCCUCGCGAACUACCAUUCGAUCGAGUCCUAGGCGAUAUCUCGCUCCCUCCUGCUGUCCUGUAUGCGGAUAUUUCCGCGCCAAUGUUUAAGGAUUUCCAUGAGACGCUGAGCGAUAUGGCGAAGCAGGGACAGAUCUCGUACCGGGUUCGCUACCGGCCUCCUCGGCAUUGGGUUUCAAGGCCGUUGUUUGUUUCCGGAUAUGGUGUUGAGCUUGCUUUGAAGAAGACUGAUUAUAUCGUUAUUGAUGACCGUGCUGCCGAGAAGCUUGAUACUGAGACCAACGCUGACCGGGAGACGAAGAAGGACGCGCCGGAUGAUUUGAGGCCUUUGUCUGCUUCGGAAGUUGCGCGGUUGGGUAUUAAUUCGGCGAAGUAUGUUAUGGAUAGCCCUGAUCCUUUGGAGGCUUUGAUCAAGCUCUCGCAGAAUUUCCCUAAGUAUUCUUCUACGGUGGCGGCUCAUAACGCUACUGGGGAAAUGUUGCAGGAGAUUCGUCAUAACCGGGCGAAGAUGCUUCCUGGUGGUUACAAUGUUAUGUGGAUCAACGGUGUGCAGAUUGAUACGCGCCAGAUCGAUGCCUUCUCUCUUUUGGAACAUCUGCGUCGGGAGAGGAAGCUUAUUGAGAAGUUCCGUAGUCUUGGCCUUUCCGCUAGUGAUGCUGUCAAGAUUCUGUCGCACCAGAUUCUCACUGAGGCACAGGCUGGUGGCGAGGAACAGCGUUAUGACUACCGAGAUGAUUCGGAAGAGAACCAGGUUAUCAUCUGGUUGAAUGACCUGGAAAAGGAUUCCAGAUACGAGGGCUGGUCCAGUGAACUCGAGGCGUACAUCGCCGGUGGUUAUCCGGGACAAUUGCCUCCAGUGCGCAGGGACCUGCACAAUGUUGUCGUUCCUGUUGAUCUGUCUGAUCCGGAGAGCAUGAUGCUCAUUGCCGGUAACUUGCAUGCUUUCAUCAAGCGAGGUAUCCCUGUGAGAUUUGGUUUGGUGCCUCUCAGCUCGUCUCCUGAGUCUGCCGCACAGUUGAAGGUGGCUCACUACCUUUUCGAUGCUUAUGGUCUGGACUCUCUCGUCAAAUAUCUCGAAGCGUAUGCUACUAAGGGAAAGAGAGGCUCUCCUGAUAAAUCGUGCUUCGUGGCUGCAACCAAGGAACACCAGCUCAUUGGUGACCAUCCAGCUCUAUCUCUUGACCAAGUCUUGAAGAGCGAAAAAUACAAUGCCCUCGUCUCCCACACAGCUGCCUAUCAGCGCCGUUUGAGCCUUACCGGCGACGAACCUCACUUCCUCGUCAACGGUAUUCCCGUCUCCCGCGAAGGCAAUUGGAUGCAGGGAAUGAGUAUGCAGAUCAGCCGAGACCUGAAGCUGGUUCAGCAGGGAAUUGUUGAGGAUCUCUUCGAGGGUGAUGCUUGGCUCCCCGAAUUUUUCCUCGCUGGAGCAUUCAAGAGACGUAACACUUUCCUCAUGCCCGAAGACCCCAAGAGUGUCCGCAUUGUGGAUCUUGCCAAUGUCCUUGGGUCCGAUGAGAACGUUUUGAACAGGAUCCCCCAUAUCACCUCUGAAAAGAGCGCUUUAGAGAGUGUUCAUAUGAUUGUCGUGGGUGAUUUUGAGGCGGAGGGUGUUGCAUUGUUGACUGAAGCCCUUAACCUCCGGAAGGAACAUACUGAUGUCGAGGUUUUUCUUCUUCACAAUGCCGCAUCAGAUGAUGUGGCUCUCCCCAAAAACCUCGUCAUGGUUUACCGGUCGCUUGCAAAGGGCGAGAGCAUCGACCAGGUCCUAGCUAAGCUCAGCGCAUCUGAUGAUGACGCUGAGGUUCCUGAGAUCGUAGUUGAAGAGCUCUCUGCUGUCCAAGAACUGCACCAGCGCCUGGCUAAGGAACUUGGAUUCGAGCCUGGCACAGAAGGACUCGUCGUCAACGGAAGAGCAGUCGGUCCUGUCGAGAAGGAUUACCCAUUGACUGUAGACGAAUUGAGCCAGCUCAUCGCGUACGAACGGCUCAAACGUCUAGAUCCUGUUGCAUUGGCUGUCGCCCAACUGGGCUUCCAAACUAAGAUCUCGAGCCCCCUCGACUUUGCCAAGCUGACCUCGCUUGUGGCUCUUUCUAUGAUCUCGGAUGUUCCAGAGGGUAUCUUUGAGAACACUCCUGAUUUCAGAAUGGAUGUGUCUGACAAGUGGAGAACUGUUUAUUCCGUGAUCACGGUUUCCAACUCUGAUGAUCCUGCCAUUAAUGUUGCGGUCGUUCUUGAUCCUGCUUCCGAGGUUGCCCAGCGAUGGCUGCCGAUUAUCAAGGUUCUUUCUGAACUGUCCGGUGUUCAGCUCAAGAUCUUCCUCAACCCCAAGGAGGACCUCAAGGAGUUGCCGGUCAAGCGGUUCUACCGUUAUGUCCUCGAGUCAGAGCCGUCGUUCACCGAAAACGGUGCUCUUGCUCGGCCUCAGGCUUCCUUCACUGGUGUGCCAGUCGAGGCACUGCUUACUCUGGGCAUGGAUGUGCCUUCAUCGUGGCUUGUUGCGCCCAAGGAAUCAAUCCACGAUCUGGAUAACAUCAAGUUGAGUUCGCUCAAGGCUGGCACCGAUGUCGAUGCGAUCUAUGCUCUCGAGCACAUCCUGAUUGAAGGUCACUCUCGUGAUCUCACAACCAAGACACCUCCCAGAGGUGUCCAGCUCACCCUAGGCACGGAGAAGAACCACUACUUCGCUGACACCAUCAUCAUGGCCAACCUUGGAUAUUUCCAAUUCAAAGCCCAGCCAGGCCUAUGGCAGAUCAACCUCAAGCCCGGCCGCAGCGAGAAGCUCUUCAACAUCGACAGCGUUGGCGGCCUCGGAUACCGCCCCCAACCCGGCGACGAAAGCAACGAGGUAGCCUUACUAACCUUCCAAGGCCGCACCCUAUUCCCACGCCUAUCUCGCAAACCAGGGCACGAAGAAGAAGACGUCCUCGAAACGGGCAUCCAACCAGGCUCAACAAAAGACUACUUCGCCAAGGGCCUAAACUUCGCCUCAGGCGUCCUCUCCAGCGUAGGAGUCAACACCAAAACCAACGACCAACAAGCCGAUAUCAACAUCUUUUCAGUAGCAAGCGGCCACCUCUACGAACGCAUGCUAAACAUAAUGAUGGUCUCGGUCAUGCGGCACACAAAACAUACCGUGAAAUUCUGGUUCAUUGAACAAUUCCUCUCACCCUCCUUCCGCGCCUUCCUCCCCUCCCUUGCAAAGGAAUACAACUUCUCCUACGAAAUGGUCACCUACAAAUGGCCCCACUGGCUACGCUCCCAGAAAGAGAAACAGCGCGAAAUCUGGGGCUACAAGAUGCUCUUCCUGGACGUCCUCUUCCCCCUCUCGCUCGACAAAGUCAUCUUCGUCGACGCAGACCAAAUCGUCCGCACGGACAUGCACGAUCUAGUCACGCACGACCUCCAAGACGCGCCGUACGGCUUCACGCCGAUGGGCGAUUCCCGUUCUGAAAUGGAAGGGUUCCGUUUCUGGAAGUCGGGGUAUUGGUCUAACUUCCUGCGUGGGAAGCCAUACCAUAUUUCUGCGCUUUAUGUUGUGGACUUGAAUCGUUUCCGGGCGCUCGCGGCUGGUGAUCGGUUGCGCGGGCAGUAUCAGAUGCUCUCGUCCGAUCCGAACAGUCUUAGUAAUCUGGAUCAGGACCUGCCUAAUCAUAUGCAGCAUCAUAUUCCCAUUCAUAGUCUUCCGCAGGAAUGGUUGUGGUGUGAAACUUGGUGUGCGGAUGAGGAUUUGGGGGCUGCGAAGACGAUUGAUCUUUGUAAUAAUCCUCUUACUAAGGAGCCUAAGUUGGAGAGGGCUAGGAGGCAGGUUCCUGAGUGGACGGUUUAUGAUGAUGAGAUAGCGGCUUUGGCGAAGAGGGUUGCUGGUGUUGAGGAUGCUGCUGGGGUUGAGUUUGUGCAGAGUGGUGAGGAGAAGAAGGAUGAGUUGUAG